GAGAGAGAGAGAGAGAGGGAGGGAGGGAGGGAGGGAGAGAGAGAGAGAGGGAGAGAGAGAGAGAUGGAGAUGAGAAGGGUAAUGGUGGGGGAAGGAUUGUCAUGUUUCUUGAUGGUAUUAAUGGAAGGAUGCACCAUUGGAUUAACUAUAAUGGCGAGCACAACUAUGUCAAGAGGAAUGAGCCCUUAUGUAUUUGUUGUGUAUUCGAAUGCCCUUUCUUCGAUUUUCCUCCUACCUCAUUCCUUAACUUUAUUCAUUUCGCAAAGGGAAAGUUGGCGGUCCAUGACAUCUCUCCUAAUGCGAUGCUUCUUUUUGGGUCUAAUAGGGGUGACGGUUGCACAGAAUCUAGCAUAUGUGGGUUUAAGCUACAGUUCUCCAAUCUUAGCAUGCGGCAUGGGCAAUCUCAUUCCUUCCUUUACCUUCAUCAUUUCCAUUCUUUCCAGGAAAGCAAAAAAUGAGUGGAGUAGCUCAAGUUUUCGGGCUAAAGUAGCAGGAACAUUGAUAUCAAUAAUGGGAGCAGUAUCAAUCACUUUAUACAAAGGCCCAGUUAUCAAAUAUUCACCUUCGCAUCAACUCCAACUCCAUCUCUCAACAAAACUGUUCCUCUUCUCCUCUAGUCAUGAAAACUGGAUUCUUGGUGCCAUUUUACUUGCAGCUGCUUCUUUCACUAUUUGCAGUUGGAACAUUAUUCAGGUUAAAACUCUUGAAGCAUAUCCAGAACCAAUGACGAUAGUCUCCUUAUAUAUUUUAUUUGGGACGAUAUCAUCUGCAGUUUACUCUGUAUUUGUAGAAAGAAACAUCAGUGCCUGGAUUCUAAAGCCGAACAUGGAGCUUCUUGUCAUUAUCUUAACAGCAAUUUUUAGCAGUAUAAUCCGUACUCGUGUUCAGAAAUGGUGCAUGCGCGGUAAAGGACCUCUUUACGUGCCAAUGUUCAAGCCAAUGGGGAUUCCAAUUGCCACUAUGUGCGGCUGUUUGUUCUUUGCCUACUCUUUUCACUAUGGGAGCAUUAUGGGAGCCUUUGUGGUUGGAUUGGGAACUUAUACGGUGAUGUGGGGGCAAAUUACAGAAGAUGAUGUAUAUAAAAAGAAUGAAAACGGAUCGAUGGUGCCUGAUGAGAAGACCCCUCUUCUGCAGGGAGACAGCCAAGUAUAAAUAAGAACUGCAGUGUUUUUAUUAGAGAUUUUAGUUGAUGUUCUUGUACAUAGCAUAUGGAAGUGUUCUUGAGAAUGUGCCAGCCUUUUAUUGGUAUAUUUGUAACUUGAUUGUUACAGAAAACAAAAUGAAAAUUGAAAUUUUUGGUGAUC